AUGACCGCCUCAAGUGCCUCCCCUUCAAGACCGCCUCUUCCUGCCAUCGCGAUCAAGGCCUCUUCGACCGCCCAGUCCUCUCACUUGACCGCCGUCGCGGACAGCAAGCUUACCUCGGCCUCUCGGUCGGCCUCUCAGAGACCCCUCCAUGCCAGAGUCCGGCAAGAUGCGCCCGUCCCAGACCCAACGUCGGAGAGAGCGACAUUGUCCCUGAUCAGGAGAACGUUGGUGGCAGAUGGGAGUAAUGGGGCAGAUACAAGGCUGUCGCCGGCACCGAUUGAAGGGAUCUUACCUCCGCUUACCAGUUCCAACGAUGUAGAUGUGCAGCUUUAUGCCAUCGUCGCCAUAGUCAUCAAGGACUUUGUGAAUUCGUGGUACUCCAAGAUCACCCCGGACAGGGCAUUCGUGGACGAGGUUAUUCAGAUCAUCGCUCACUGCAGUCGCGCCUUGGAACAGAGAAUACGCCAGAUUGAUAUUACGGAAUUGGUAUUGGAUGAGCUGCCGGUCUUGGUGGAAAGACAUAUCCAUGCCUACCGCACGGCGACCACUGCUCAAGCCGCCCUGCAGUAUGGGGAAAGCCCCCGACGGAUCUAUCAUGCCUUAAACCCACAUCCAGCGCUCGACCCAUCGCUCCCACCAGAACAGCAACAAGUCUACGAGUCGGCCUAUAGACAACUACUCAUUCAGGGGGCACUGGCGGUCCUCCUUCCAACCGAAGACCUGGCGAACGCAUGUCUCAGAACCUUGGUGAGCGACAUCAUCUCUGACCUGAUCCUGGGACAGGCACUCGCGCAGAAACUCUGUCAGCCAUGGUUUCUACACGGCACCGUCUCCAAGGCCGUGGAGAUCGUGACUUCCCGUCAUGCAACCUCCGGCGAUGACAAGAAUUUCCUCCAGCCAGAGGGACGCCAGAGCCGGUUGGAAAAAUUUGGCCUAUUAUCUUCCAAUACGCCUGCUCAGCAGGGUAAUUCGUCAGACGGUCACCAAUCAUUGCUUAGCGCAUGGUGCUGGAGACUGCUGCAGUACGCUUUCAUCGCAUAUCAGUCUGUGCGGUUUAUUCUCGUCGGUCUGGCCCAUGCGCACCAUCUGCCCCGGAGAAGCCGCCAUCAUCAGUUGGACGGCUCCACUGCGUCGCCGUCGCGAACGAAGCCACCCCUUUCAUCCACCCGGCACGCAUCGGACCCCGGUGCUCGAUCCCCACGCGCAGUGAUCAAUUACAGGUUCUUCUCCUGCCUUUCUGCCAUGCUCGAUUUGACGGUCCGCAUGCCGUGGCUGGCAAGCUCAUUGGGGUUCUAUCAGCACGUUCUGGGCACGGGCCCAGGCAGAUACGGUGCUGCAAAUUCCACGUUGGACAAGUAA